AUGAAGAUGCUGCAGCUCGAGGCGGCGGUUCUGGGCGGACUGAGUCCGGACUGGAAACAGAGCGGCUUCAGCACCGCAGCUGUGGGUAAUAAACGGGUUUGGAUCCGCACGGUUAUUGUUGUGGAUGUGUUGCGUGCUGGUUGGUUUGCUGGACGCAGCAGUUACACACUCGCAGAAACUGCUCUGUUGGCGUUGGCAGUGGGGUGUCUGAACCUUUUCGCUCAGAGUAAUUGGACCGGGCCGCCAGUUGAGCUCCAUAUCUCUGAUUUUCUGCCUGAAGCUUUGCUCCAGAAAUUCUCACAGCUGCUGCCCUGGUGGACACUGCGAUAUGUCAGUCUGCAUCAGCAGAUACUAGAGGAGAGAUCCCCACAGCUCUUCAGCCUCAUGCUCAGCUGCAUCGAGAAAGUGUGUAAAUGUGAGGAGCUCUUCACCAACAGCACACACAAGAACCUGGCCAUUCAGUUCCACCUGGAGUGUAGUUAUACCUGCCUGACCUACUACGAGUAUCGCAGGGCCAAAGAACACCUGCAGACGGCCCGCAGUCUGUCAGGAGUCGAUGUUAACAUGACAGGUGCUUUAGGGAAGAGAACUCUCUUUCAGGAGAACUUUGUGGCUCAACUCAUCUUAGAUGUGAAACGGAAGGACAAUUCACCUGUUCCCAAUUUUGAGAGUCCCUCCCUCACACCAACACCUAAAGAACUCUUACCAAAGGAUCAUCAGUUGAGUGAUGAUACAGUCCUGAACCAGAUUAACCUGGCAGAACCAUCUGAAUAUGAACUUCCAGACCUCAACGCUGAGGAACAGGCCCUUAUACUGGCCACUUGCAUAGACUUUCAGAAGAAUAAUCCAGUUCACAAGCUAAAUAAUGAGGAGCUCCUGGCCUUCACGACGUGUUUGCUGUCUCAGCCAAAGUUCUGGGCAGUGGAAGUGACAUCACUGUGCCUGAGGACUAAGCUGGAGAGAGGAAGCUCACGGAGAGUUGAACGUGCCAUGAUGCAAACACAGACCUUGGUGGAUUUCUUUAGUGAGAAGAACUGUCCCGUCACUGAGAGACUCAAGAUGUUCUACACCUGCCGGGCACCUCAUCUCUGGGACCUACAGAGGCAGUUGGCGAGUCUGUUGACUGAUUUGGGCCUGACGAGUUCUGCGCUGCUAAUCUACGAACGACUGGAACUCUGGGAGGAUGCAGUUGUCUGCCUGGAGAGGAUGGGACAGCACGGCAAGGCGGAGGAGAUUUUGAGGCGUGAGCUGGAGAAAAAGGAGAUGCCAUCUCUUUACUGUCUGUUAGGUGACGUGCUGAAGGAUCCAGAGUAUUAUGACCGAGCAUGGGAGCUUUCCAAACACCGCAGUGCACGUGCCCAAAGGUCCAAAGCUCUGCAUCAUCUGCGCCACAAAGAAUUCCAGCAGUGCGUGGAAUGUUUCGAACGCUCGCUGCUAAUCAACUCCAUGCAGUUGGGUGUGUGGUUCUCUCUGGGCUGUGCGUAUUUUGCACUGGAAGGCUAUGAAGGGGCCGCCAAAGCUUUUCAGAGAUGCGUUGGACUGGAACCAGAUAAUUCAGAAGCAUGGAACAACCUCUCCACGGCCUACAUCAAACUGAGAAUGAAGGAGAAAGCAUUCCGCACCCUUCAGGAAGCGCUCAAGUGUAAUUAUGAGCGAUGGCAGAUCUGGGAGAAUUUCAUUGCUGUGUGUGUAGACCUGGGCGAGUUCAGUGAGGCUAUCAGAGCCUACCAUCGGCUCAUGGACCUCAAGGACAAAUACAAGGAUGUGGAGGUGCUGGAAAUCCUGGUGCGUGCGGUAGUGGACAAUCUGACAGAUCACCGUGGCGAACAGGCCUCCAAUCUUAAAGCCAAACUGCAGGAACUUUUUGGUCGAGUCUCCGCCCGUUGUAGCACAGACGCCCAAAUAUGGAAGCAGUACGCUCGGCUCUAUGGCGAUGGCCAUAGCAACAAUGUACAAGACAGCGAAAAGGCACUACAGUUUCUGAGUAAAGCGCAUCGGUGUGAGACGCAGGCAGCUGGCUGGGAAAAAGACAUGGGCAACUUCAGAUCUGUAGUGAAAGGUGCCAGAGAUAUGGCUACUGGUGAGAUUUUAUACACACACAUACACAAGGACAUUUGAGAGGAACAUACAGAAUUGUGGUCCUGCACUCAUUCAGAGAGUCACUCUGUCAUGGCUAAUGUGACAGCGCGUGAACGUAGUGAGAGACUGAAAGGGCUGAUGGAUUGAGAACAAGGGAGCAGGAGCAAGAACGGCAAACAAGCUUU